UUGGUUUUCUGUAAGUUUAAAUAUUUUCGGUUAACUCGAAAAUUGUUUUUUUUCAGCUGCAUCCACAUUGCCAGAAUGUGGUGAAAAUGAAGAAUUAAAAUAUUGUGGAACACCUUGCGAACCAUCCUGUGCUGAACCACAUCCAGAUGAGUGUUUCCAUCAAUGUUUGCGUAAUCGUUGUCAAUGCAAAGACGAUUAUCUUCGAGAUGGAAUCACUAAAAAAUGUGUGAAAUCAGAAAAUUGUACCAAGAAAAAUUGA